AUGGUGCUGCUGAAGAUGAAGUUCACCCAGCAGCGGAGGGUGCGUCUUGCUCAGGGCCUGUGGCUAAUGUCCUGGAUGGCUGUGAUGUGCGGCACCUUCGUGUUUUGUCUGGGGGCCUACCUAAAGACUGAGCUGCUCCGGAGGGAUGAGGUGAUGGACAACACAGAGAUCCACGUAGUGCCCAACAUCCUCAUGCUGGUGGGCCUGGCCUCCAUCGGCACCAACUGGGUUGCCAGCCGCAUGUGCCAGGACUCGUUGGAUGUAAGCCGCUUCCCUCGUUGGAAACCCUUCCUGCUGGCUUGGUUUGUUGUGGCCACGCUGCUGUGUUUUCUGCUGAUCGCUGUGGUGGUGCUCAGCUACGCACUGCAGGGAAGCCUGGAGGAGUCCCUGAAGGUGGGCUUGAGAAAUGGAAUUCGCUUCUACAAGGACACAGAUGUGCCGGGCCGCUGUUUUCAGAAAGAGACCAUCGAUCGUCUGCAGAUGGAGUUUCGUUGUUGUGGAAACAACAACUUCAGAGAUUGGUUUGAGGUGCAGUGGGUGAGCAACAGAUACUUGGACUUCACCUCCAAGGAAGUCAAAGAUCGUAUCAGGAGUAACGUGGACGGCCGUUACCUGUUGGAUGGUGUUCCUUUCAGCUGCUGUAACCCCGCUUCUCCUCGCCCCUGCCUGCAGCAGCGCCUGACUGAUAAUAGCGCUCACCACAGCUACGACUACCAAUCAGAGGAGCUCAAUCUGUACAACCGUGGCUGCAGGAAGGCCCUAAUCGACUACUACAUGGGUCUGAUGAAUUCAACUGGUCCUGGUGUGCUGUCGGUCAUCUUAAUACAGAUGUCCGUGAUCUUGAGCCUGCGCUACCUGCAGACAGCUGUAGAAGCAGCAAUGGCCCUGGAGGACCCUGCUGGUGACAGCGAGGGUUAUGUCCUGGAGAAGGGUCUGAAGGAAACCUUCGAGGAAGUCAAAACCAAGGCCCUUGUCUUGCUUAAGUUUGGCCAGGUCAACCCCGAUGCCUCACAAGAGUCCCCCAAGGCUGAAGACCCCGAGAAAGCUGACAACACCACGGAGAAGGCUGCUUCUGCUACACCUGCCAGCUAG